UUUUGACACUCUUCAGUGACGUUGCGGCAGUCAGUGCGGAAGUUCUGUCAUCCUGCUGGAGGAGGGAAAGGAGAGGCGCCGCUUCGUCUCAACUUUCCGCCCGAAACGCCACAACCUGCCCCGGCAGGAAAAAGCUCCGUCUCCCCGGGAACCGCAGCCCCUCCGCCGCCGACAAACGCAGCUCCUCCGCGGGCCUCCGGCAGACUUCAGGGCGAUGGCGAGGCCGAGCCACAGCGAUCACGUCCUCCAGCAGCUCAACAACCAGCGGGAGUGGGGCUUCCUGUGCGACUGCCUCAUCGCCAUCGGCGACAUCUACUUCAGGGCCCACAAGGCCGUGCUGGCAGCCUGCAGCUCCUACUUCCGGAUGAUGUUCAUCCGCGACCAGCAGGGGGCGGGCCACCUGGACCUCAGCAACAUGCAGAUCAGCGCCGAGUGCUUCGACCUCAUCCUGCAGCUCAUGUACCUCGGCCGCAUCAUGGUGGGCAGCUACGAGUUCGAGGAGCUGAAGGCGUCCAUGUCCUACCUGCAGAUGUACUACAUCCCCGACUCGCUGGAGGACCUCCGAGACAUCCGCAGCUCCAACCUCACCCCGUCUUCCUCUGCCUCUUCCUCCUCCUCCUCUUCCUCCAGCUCCUCCACCGGCGUCUCUGGAGGGAAGAUGAUGUUUGGAGUGCGGAUGUACGAGCAGCAGAGGUCCACGGCCCCAGAGGCGGAGCUUCUGCCGAAGGCGUCGACCAGCAGCAGUGCAGGGCGCCCUGCUGUUCCCGUAGCGGCCAGCAGGGCGGCGCAGGCAGUAGUUGUGCCAGCGGAGGAGGUGGCUAGCACACCUUUGAUUGUGGCUCCGCCCACAGCGGACAGCGGUGCAGAGCAGCCAUGUGACCUGAGAAAGCGACCCGGCGGCAGAAGUUCUGCUCUCAAAGACCGGCCCAGAUUCGGCCGCACCUACACCUGCGACGACUGCGGCUUCGUCUUCAGCUGCGAGAAGCUGCUGAUCGAGCACAUCCUGACCUGCACCAACAGGAAGGCCUACCACCCGCCCCGAGGGAACGCCGAGGGCGACAACAGCUCCAGCAAGGGGGAGAGCUCCGCCUCCGACAGCGCCGAGGAGCAGAGGGUCGUCUGUAAGGGCGAGGACGACUGGGCCGACGGCCGGGCCGACUCGGAUCCGCCCGUCAGGUCGCUGGCGGCCGACAGCGAGCCCGGCUCCACCCGCAGCAUCAAAGCGGAACCGGAGGAAGGCCUGUUCCCCGAGAUCGAGAUGGUGCAGGUGGGCGAGCACGCAGCCAGAGACUCGCUGAGGGAGAGGAUGGGUUUGACCCGCGAGUCGGAGCCGGGAGUGUCAGGUCUGGAGAGCUGCGGCGAGUCGGCUGAAGGUCACCUGCCGAGCAGCAGCGACUCCGGGAUCCCCGCCAAACUCCGCAAGGUCAAGGAUGAGAAGCAGGAAGCCGACUGCGCUCCCUGCGAACUCUGCGGCGCUCUUCUGACUGAGGAGGACAAGUCCUCACACUACCUGUCCAACCACAUGGGCCACAUAUGCGCCUGCGGGCGUUGCGGCCAGGUUCUCAUCAAAGGCCGGCAGCUGCAGGAACACGCCGAGCGCUGCGGCGAGUCCCACGGCGCCGAGUCGGACUCCCACGGGGAGGAUGAGCUGUCGCUGCUGGGGGAGCCUCAGGGGAUGGACGAGGGUCUGCUGGACGCCGCCGACCUGGCCUGCCCUCACUGCGGCCUGCUGUUCCAGAACGAGAGCCUGGCGCUGGAGCACGCCUUGACGUGUCACGAUCAGGACUUGUUUCGGCCCGUGGCGCUGGAGGAGGGCGGGGAGCCCGACCACCGCCGCAAACACUUCUGCAGCAUCUGCGGCAAAGGCUUCUACCAGCGCUGCCACCUGCGGGAGCACUACACCGUCCACACCAAGGAGAAGCAGUUCACCUGCCAGACCUGCGGCAAGCAGUUCCUGCGGGAGCGCCAGCUGCGGCUGCACACCGACAUGCACAAGGGCAUGGCGCGCUACGUGUGUCCCGUCUGCGACCAGGGAACCUUCCUGAAGCACGACCACGUCCGACACAUGAUCUCCCACCUGUCGGCCGGAGAAACCAUCUGCCAGGUGUGCUUCCAGAUCUUCCCAGGCGGCGAGCAGCUGGAGAAGCACAUGGACGUCCACCUGUACAUCUGUGGCGUCUGCGGGGAGAAGUUCCGGCUCCGCAAAGACAUGAGGAGCCAUUACAACUCCAAGCACACCAAGAGACUGUAAGGCGUCUGAGGCGUCUGCAGCGUCUGCAGUGUCUGCAGGGUCUGGGGCGUCUGCAGGGUCUGCGGCGUCUGCAGGGUCUGAGGCGUCUGCAGGGUCUGGGGCGUCUGCAGGGUCUGAGGCGUCUGCAGGGUCUGAGGCGUCUGCAGGGUCUGGGGCGUCUGCAGGGUCUGAGCCGUCUGCAGGGUCUGCGGCUUCUGCAGGGUCUGAGGCGUCUGCGGGGUCUGCAGGGUCUGGGCGUCUGCAGGGUCUGGGGCGUCUGCAGGGUCUGGGGCGUCUGCAGGGUCUGAGCCGUCUGCAGGGUCUGCGGCGUCUGCAGGGUCUGCGGCGUCUGCAGGGUCUGCAGCAACUUCCAGAGUCUGUGGUCUCUGCAGCUCCUGCUCUUUGAAGCCAUAAAUGUGAGAACAAAUCAAGCACUUGAACACCAAAAAGUUGACUUUGAAUCUGCACUUUGAAGCUUAAUGCAGAACCUGAACAGGUGUUCAGACUGCGAGCAGCGAGGCUGGUGAUUGGUCGCUUCAGAUCAUUAAGAGGAAGGGUCGCGCUGCUGAAACCGACCCGGUUCAGAUGUUUAGUUCUGUUAGAACCGGGAGAAAACGUCCUAAAUGUAGCGGGUUGUAGAACCGGGCCGGAACAGUCUGAUGGCGUCGCUCGCAGUUUGAACUCCAGCUCCGGGUUUUAACUCCCGCAGCCAGAACGGUUCUGAUCGGUCCACCUGUGAGGAGCCUCUCAGGUGAGGUCACUUCCUGUUUCAGAGCUCGGACUUUUUGAUUCCAUUUUUAGCCUUGAUACCGACCCGUUCUCCAGAAUACUAAAAGUUUCUGCAGAGGUUUGGGUUUCAGGUUCUGGUUCUUAUUCUCUGUGUGCCUUUGCUGUCGUAUCAGAACUCCAAGAAGAAAACACUAGAACCAGUUGGUCAGAACCGGCCCAACUGGUCUGAUCUGGGACUGCGAUGCCUUACCAGCUUCAUCUUCAUCACUUCCUGCACAGAACCAGAACCGGUCCCUACACUGACCAACAGAACCAACUCAAACCGGUUAAAACCAGACAGUCUGAUUAAAACCAGGUUGGGUCAGAACCGAGCCCAGGACCAGCAGGUUCUGUCGGUCCAGAUGGUUCCGAUGAGGCUCCGGCAUAUUGUCAGACUCAAGUAAAGAUCAGAACCUGGUGGUUCUGACCCAGAGCGGUCCGGGGGCCAUUUGUGGCCCAGAACCGUUUCCAGAACAACAAAAAUUUGACCAAAGAGAAAAAAUUCAGUAUAAAAAGCAUCUUAUUAGCUUCUUAAUAUCGUCAAUAUUUAAUUUUAGUGUAAAUAAUAUAAACUUUUAGGGUUUUGAGUCAAAAUUGUGUUCGACCCGUUUUCUGGUUCUGUUGAUACACAAGUUAGAUAGAAAACGAUGGAAAAAAUGUAAUUAAUUGAAGAAACUAUUUCUAAUAAAUCAUAUAGUUUAAUGAUUUCAUUCAAUAAUUUUAUUUAUUUAAAAUCUUAAUCUAAAUAGAAAAUUAUAUUUUAAUUAAAUGUAAAAUUGAAUAUUGUGACUCCAAAUACUUUUAAGUUGCUAAAAGUUUGAACUGAAUCGUAAUAAUUUAUCUUAAUAAUAAAAAUGCACUGAUAUAAAAAUAUUAUAUUAAUUUUCUUCCCUCCAUGUUGCUUCUCUGCUUCAGUUGAAUACCCACAAUCCUUUGCUGCAUCACCAUCGGUCACAUGACCAGAUGCAUGAAGCUCCGCCCCUUUUACAAACAAAUGGCAACAAAAUGGAGAUAAAUAUCAGUUAUCGCCCCAAACUAUUAAUCCAUAUUAUUGCUGCACCUGUUAAAUUAUUAUUGAUUAUUUUAUCACUUAAAAUAUUUUGUGUUUUAAUUAUUGAGGGAUCGUUUCUAUGGUAACAAGGCUGAUCAGGCAUCUAGCCCAGUGGACCUGAACCGGGUCCAGACCCAUCGGAGUCAUCUUCAUGGUCCGGUCGGUUCUGGUCGGUUCUACCUGAUGGGCCGAAACCAGACGGCAGAUAUUUAAUCUGGUUCUGUGAACCCAGUAACCGGGAGUUUCACAUGCAGAACUGUUGGUCUGGUUCUGGGUCCAUUUUCUCUGGUUUUUCCUUCCUGCCAGGCUGGAGGUCAGAGGUCGUUAUAGCGACCUCUGACCUCCAGACGAAAAAAUCGGCACCAAUUUUAGUAAGACUUUAUUUUUAAAAUCAAACGAGUUGAAGUUGAUUUCUGCUGCAGGUUCUGGUUUUGGGUCUGAUCCGCUGGUUCUGUUGCGGUUCCGGGUCCAGUUUCACGGUCUGUUCUGGUCACACAGGCCUGGUUCUGCUCUCAAUAAACCAAGUGAUCUUCUGUUUCAA